AUGGGGAAGUCUAAAAAUGAUCAGUCCCUGACUCACGAGGAGAUCUGGGAUGAUUCUGCUCUGGUGCACUCUUGGGACGAGGCCGUCGAAGAGUACAAGCUCUAUCACAGCAUACAUGCUAAGGGCGAGAACGUUGAAGAUGUCCUGAGAGAGGCCGAAGCAGCAGGUCUUGAUGAAGUAGGUACUGCUCAUGGUGGAGGAGAUGUGGUUGCUGAGGACGAUGCCAUGGAGGCCGAGAGCGACCUAGUUGAAGACCAAACAGCUGCCAAUUUCACACAGGCCAGUGAAACCUUUGCUCAAGCAAAGCACCCAGUUGCUGAAGGAAGUGGUGCUACCACCGGCCCAAGUCCGACCUUUCCCACUGGAGCCAUGCCUAUGCCUGGCGCAGUGCUUCCCCACGUUCAAGAUGAAAAUCUGAAGAACCUCAUGAUGUCUUGGUACUUUGCAGGGUACUAUACCGGCCUCUACGAGGGUCAACGACAAGCUAACCAGCCGAAAAGCUGA